AUGGACCCCCUUUACGUCAUCCUCGCGGUACCGGUCGCGGUCGCCUUCUGUUUUCUCGUCAUACUUCGAAAAUCCCUCCGACGUGGCUGGACAAGACUCCGCCCCCAAGUCAACGAAUGGGCAAGUCUGGCCAUGGUCGCGCUUCUGGAGGCCUUCAAGAAGGGCAUUAAGGACGCCCUGAAGGAGGUCUUCAAGGGGGUUAUCUUGACAAUUCUACGAGAAAUGACGGGCUUUCCGAAGCCUUGUGCCGCUCAGGGCGGUGCAGGUGGACGUUGCCCUGAUGAACCCUUCGUGGUUCACAGAAGGUGUCUUACCCGACGGUACCUUCAUCCGACAAUCUCCGACGCCCCGGUCCUUGGGCUCCAGCGGGGGACCUUACAAAUUAUGUGCUCUCUCGGGAGCUUUCUUGACGACAUGUUUUCUUACGGCAUCUUGCUUCACGACAUCUUGCUUCACAACAUCUUGCUUCACGACAUCCUCCACAUUGGCAUCUUGUAUGACAGCCUCUUUCAUCAUGGAUCUCUUACCGUAUGUCCUUCCAUCACGGCAUCUUCUAGGACGACGUUUUUGGUCAAGACAUCGCCUGCCAUGGUUAUCCCCCUAUCACGAAUUGUCCCAUCACUGCAUUUUCCCGGCAUCUUGUACAUUAUCAUCUCUCAUCCUGGAUCCCCUAUCACCCCGUCUCUCAAAGAAGCAUUCUUCGUCAUGGCUGUCUCUUAUCGAAACACACUCAUCACGGCAUCUCGCACAACAGCAUCUUCCAUCAUGGGUCUUCCAUCACGACGUUUUCUCUCACAACAUCUGUCGUCAUUGCCGUCUCCUAUCAUGACGCUUCCUGUCAUAACAUCUCACGACAUGUCUUCUACCAAGACGUCUACACUGGCUUUUCUCAUGUCAUCGGCCCAUGUGCCGUGA